AUGACAUUCUCACCAACGGGCGUUAUCAUCUACAAGGCCUUCGCGCCUACUCUCAAGAUGAUGCUUUGUAUAUGCGUUGGUUGGAUUUUAGCGAAGAGAGGUAUAUUCCCUCCUCCGGCCGCUAGAGGAGUUUCCAUUUUGUCUUUGAACGUCGGCCUCCCCUCCUUGAUAUUCAGCUCCAUGGUAUCUUCCUUCACCCCUCAAAACAUCUCAGCAUUCGGUCCACUCGCGCUUGUGGCUUUCAUGUACAUGACCGUCGGAGGUUUACUAGGAUGGAUAGUGCGGGAAAUCUUCUACGUCCCUGCGGAUUUCAGAUAUGGGAUCGUUGUGAUGGGUGUUAUUUCCAAUUGGGGUAACCUACCAACCGCAGUGGUACAGACCGUGGCGCAGAACGCGCCUUUCGACCCGUCCACAGAUAUAGAACUAGGUGUUGCCUACAUCGCCGUGUUCAUUCUUCUUAUGAACACCCUUUUGUUUCCUGUGGGAUUGCACAAGCUCUGCGCCCUCGACUUUAAAGAAUCCAACCUUGUCAAAGAACAUCUUCCCGCCCGAGAACGCUGGGCCAACCGUUUAAAUCUCUUGAAAUCUCUCUUUCGUCAUUCCUCUAAAUCCAACACGAAUUCCCUCAAAACUCCCGUUGAUAUCUCCACAAUACCACGUCCUACAUCACCUUUAGUCGAAUUCGAGAAAAACGACGUCUUGACUCCAACAGCACUCACAACUCAAUUCCCUGAUUACCUAAACGAGACAGAUGAAGGUCCAUCUGAUCUAAGUCGUGCUCGAUCUACACCUCAAUCUCGUACUCAUCUUCUCAAUAAUGGUAUUCCACCAACUCGUAAAACAUCUCGAACAGCUUCACUCUCUUCAGUCAGACGUAUACCACCAACAGCACCAUUAGAAGUUGCAGAUUUAACACAACCAUGUUUACCCACUAUUUCUUUAAAUUCAAAUGGUGGUCCUAUAUCUAUACUUCCUGUUUGUUCUCAUCGUGAACAAACAGAUUUACAAUAUUCAACACCUAUAACACCUCCACAAAGUAUACAUAAACCAACUAUAUGGCAUAAAAUCUUAAUGAUCGGCAAAAGUUUCCUGAUGCCUGUUUCUUUAGCUGUAGUUAUCGCUAUACCUUGUUCAGUGGUUCUACCACUUAAAUCUUUAUUCACUCAUGUGGAUGGUUGGACAGGUAGUAAAAUGCCAAAUGCUCCUGAUGGUAAACCUCCAUUAGCUUUCAUACAAGAUACGGCCACUUUUAUAGGUGGUAUGACUAUUCCUGCUACUUUGAUUUUACUCGGUGCAAGUAUUGCUAGGUUGAAAACUCCAAAGAAAUGGAGUGAUCAACCUAUUGCUGCUAUUUGUGCGAUGACGGCAGUGAAGAUGAUAAUAGCCCCUGUAUUCGGAGUCUUCGUAGUUCAAGCUCUUCGAGACAACACUUCUCUUUUCCCGAAAGAAGAUCUCAUGAGAACUUUCGUUUCUGUCCUUCUAUCAGGAACACCAGCAGCGGUCAAUCAAUUGGUCGUAACUCAAUUAUAUAACCCAGCUGGAAGUGCGGACACUUUAGCUAGUUUUCUAUCAUUACAAUAUCUCUUGAUGCCUAUUUUAUCUACUGCUUUAGCAGCAAUAGCAUUGUACGUUACGGAACAACAACGGUCAUAG